CAGAGAUCCGAGAAGAGGCGAGCUCAGAAGGCGUCAAAGGAAGCAGGACAGGCGCUGGUGUGUCAGGCCAACCCCAACUUUGAUGUUCAUCAUCAUCACCUUCUGAACUGUUUGGAGAAGACCACGAAUCACGAGUUUGUGGACGAGAAGACGUACGAGUCGAGCUUCCGGGAGGUCACUCAGCUGAAGCAGAUGUCUCGCUCGUCCUCCGCCUCCUCGACUUCCUCGCCGCACGGCUUCACCUCCUGCUGCAGUCGCAGGAAGAGGAAGAGCUUCAACGUCCCGAACUCCAACACGUCUGUGGGUCUGCAGGGCAGCAUCCAGGAGCUGAGCACCAUCCAGAUCAGAGAGAGACCGCUCAGCAACAGUCGCUCAAGUCGCUCCAGCCUCAACGCUAAAAUGGAGGAGACGGCUCCUCCCAAUUUCAAUUUUCUGAACUGUGACGGAUCCUACAUCACCACCGCCUCCAUCAGCAUGCCGACCCCGCCCAGCAGCAGCACGCCCGGCGGGGACAACUCAGCCAGCUCGACCAACUACUCCCAGGCUAACAUCGUCCGUGUGUCUGCACUCUAAAAAAAACAGGGAAACACGGCCCACCCGGGGGGACGACAAAGGGUCAGGUAUCGGGGGUCAACGACCUCACAGCACAUCAGACUCAGUGGGCGUUGCUUGGACAAAGAGUCGUGAUGGAAGCGACGGGUUAGCUUGCGCCAUUUAAACCUCUGUCAGAGCAGAUGGUUCUUAAACUGAGCGAACAUCGACGUGGAUUUAAACUCUUUUGUCUCUUAAAGAGGAUUUUUAUUCCAGCAUCAAACACCUGAGAGCAGGAUACGGUAGCACAUGACUGAUCAUUCGAUCGGUGACUUUUUUUCAAUCCUAUAUGUCUUCAAAUUCGAUGUCUUCAAAUGUAAAGGUAGUUUAUGCUCAUGUAGAUUUUUCUUUUUUUUCCUGUACGCAGCUAAAAGGAAACGUGCGACAUUUUGGAGCUUCACUGUUAACCAUCAGUUACAUGAGAAGCUUUAAGCACAAAGUUCACACUGUUUCAGAUGACGUUAGCCUAGCUUAGCACAAAGACUGGAUGUGGAGGGAAACUGCUAGCCUAACCACGGUGGUUACUAAUCAUUCCUGAGGCCAAACAGGAACAGAAACCAGGUGUGAAAUGAGAAUUAUGGGUCGCCCUCUAUCCUGUGAGUUAGUAUUUUUUUUAAUUCAGUCUGCCUCACUUCUGAUGGCUUCUAAAGAUCUAAACCACCUUUAACCACGUCCGUCAGAGAGGCUCUGUCACACAGUGUUCACUCUGAAAAGCAUAAUGUGGAAAGAUUAAAACACGGGGCAUCAAAAAGAAUCCAAAACUGUGACAACCUCAGCUCCAGAUAACUUACUUUCUAAUUUAUUUAAAACGACGAUGAUCUAAAUUUGACUAUUUUGAAUCCAUUAAAGCCAAAACAAAAACAACUUGCAAAGACAACACAGUUAAAAAGUUCUUAUUUAUGUUAUUGAUGAGUUUUUUUAUUGGACGUUUUAUAUCUUUAUAUUUAUUUUUACUUAUUUCUGUCCGUUCAUUUCUCUUUGUAUUUAUUUAUUUUUUACUUUUUUAUUUAUUUUAUUUUAUUUAAAAUAAUUUGCAAUUCCUGUAUUUGAUUUGAUAUUUGAUAUUCUUUAUACAUUCGCUCUUUUUAAUUCAGCAUUUACAUUUCUGAAUUUGCGACUGAAUGACAGAAUUAAACGAGCCGUGUAAAGGUCACUAAUAGACCCGGGUACGUUAGUCCGGGUCGGUCCUCUAUGUGACAGAUGUUCCCCCCAAAAUGACGAACUGUUCCUUUAAUCUGCUGCUUUUGUUGUUUGUUGAGUUUGUUGUGUUGCCGUUUUUUUUUUUUCAUAGAAGAAGAUGAGCCCUUUGAGCAUGCUCAGUGUCUGUGUGUGUGUGUGUGAGUGCGUGCAUGGAUCGUAUGUGUGUGUGUGUGUGUGUGUGUGUGUGUCGGACGUUCCUCUGCAUGUGGAUCUGACUUUAAUGCAAAUCGGUUGUCAUGGAAACCGAGCGGUCCCGACUCUGUAAAUAUUUGUUGUUGUUUUUUUUUUACCGGAUCUUUUUUUCCCUCAGUCUCCUGUACGAAAAAAUGUCAAUGAACUCACCUGGAUCGUCAUGGAAACGCUGAUGUCAGUUUGUAAAGAAAAAAAAGAGUUUCUGCCUUGAACGCUGGUGUUCAGAUUCAUUCAACGCACACGUAGCCUCAUAACGUUGUUUUAGUGACAUGAUGUGUCUGCGGGGUUAAAGAACUGUGUCGGGAAGAUUUCACCGUCUUAUGACCGAAAAGUCGAUCUGUGAGGGGAAGAUUUACGGUCCAAUAUCCUUUUAUUUAUUGUGCGAUUUAGACUUUCCUACACAGAAAUUAUAUCCUGUUUUAUUUGUUAAUUAGAAAGAUUUACGCUCUCGAAAGAAAGUUUUACUUCCUCACCUGUCCUCACUGUUCUCACCUGUCCUCACUCUGUCCUCACCUGUCCUCAUCUGUCCUCAUCUGUCCUCAU